AUGUCAGGUGGCAAUGGAGUCUCUGGUGUUCAACAUAAUAAUUUAAUUGGACGUUUAAAGUCUGAUUAUGUCAAUACUGCUAUGUACUUCGCUCGUUUGGGAACACUGUUUAGCUGUUUCGUCUUCUUCUUUGAACCACUUCUCUCUCGUUUGCGCCCGACAGAUCUGGAGGUUUGGUAUCGAAGAGCAUUACUAGCAAGCGCGGCGACUUCAGCUCUACGUUUGCAUCAGCGAAUAAAAAGUUUGAAUACGGGGUUCUCUCGAGAAGUUUUAGAGGUCUUCGUCGCUGAGGAUUCUUCUCAUUACUUACUUUUUUCCAUUAUGUUUGCAGUAUUACCACCAGUCACAGUUUCUUUAGUGCCGGUCUUCCUAUUCGCCCUCCUACACGUGGCCAGCUUCACAAAUGUUCUUUUGAGUACUUCCUUUUCUCAGAAUAGUGGCGGAAUGAAUGAUGGUUCUAAUGCCGCAGUUAGUUCGUCAAGUGCAUCAUAUAUCCAUCAGAUACUACAAAAAUUGGUUGAUAAAGUAAAGGCUCAUGAUCAAAAUAUUUUACGUAUAAUUGCUCUAAAUGAAAUCAUGCUGAUGGUGAUCUGCAUAUUUAUGGCUCUUUCUGGACCCAGAAUUUUUGUCCUUCCCUUUGUUUACUACCCAUUCUUAAAAAUGCGUUAUAAUUCCAGACGUAAUCCUUAUACUCGUAACGCAUUUUUGGAACUGCGUAUAGCACUUCAGAAUGUAGCUUAUCAUUCAAAAUGUCCAGCACUUAUUUCUCGUAUUAUUUACGGUCUCAUAAAUAUUUUUUGUUUUCUAUUGAUAAUCUAUCAUUUGUUACUGGAGCGUCUUGGUUAUUCAGUAUUAACAUCGAUCGGUCAACGUUCAAAAAUAUUGACAUGA